CACCUAACAAGCUUCGUCAUUAGAGCUGCUAGAAUUGAGUCUAAAGGUAUCACCUUGGGUUUCAGAGCCCCUCAAUUUCAGCUUCCAGAGCCUCUUACUGGGAAGGUUUGGGCAUUGGAAGAUUUUGAGGCUCAUCCAGCUCUAUUGGUUAUGUUUAUAUGCAACCACUGUCCAUUUGUUAAGUACCUGAAAAAAGACAUUGUAAAGCUUACUAAAUUCUAUAUGAAGAAAGGACUUGCCGUCGUUGCUAUAUCUUCAAAUUCUGCAGCUACACACCCCCAGGAUGGACCAGAAUUUAUGGCAGAAGAUGCUAAAUUGUUUGGUUAUCCUUUCCCGUACCUUUACGAUGAGUCACAGGAAGUUGCACGAGAUUUUGGAGCAGUUUGUACACCAGAAUUUUACGUUUUCAAAAAGGAUGGUCGAAGGCCGUUUGAGCUGGUUUAUCAUGGUCAGUUUGACGAUUCAAGGCCAAGUAAUAAUAACAUACCAGUAACUGGAAGAGACUUGAGCUUGGCGAUAGACCGUGUUCUGAGUGGUCAGCUAGUACCAUCCGAGCAAAAACCUAGUGUUGGAUGCAGCAUAAAGUGGCACCCAUGAAAGAAGUUUUGAUCUGUACAUUGUAGCUAUCUUGUUCAAGAUAUCAAUCCGUGAGUUCAAGUUUUCCUUUCGAUUCUAUAUUUAUGUAAUACAUACACCUGUUUAUUCUUUUCUUUCCAUUCAGUGAUCUCGGCUACCUUGAAUUCCAAAAGCACCAUUUGAAAGGAAAUGGUGUAAUAUGCAAUUCUUAUAUUUACUGUCAUUUAAGUUGUAUAGGUUGGUGAUUAAGGAACAUAUGUAAUGUGAAAGUAUUUAGUCAGAAGAGGUUCUAGUUUUCUU